CCUAUCAGGGGUCCUUUGUAAGGUGAAAGGAAAAUGGCCGCGGCCGUGAUCUGCAGGAGGACGCUGGUGGUCCGUAACACAUUUAAGAGGCUUUCAGCACCCAAAAAUGGAAAUUCUGUGUGCUACCCAAGCGGGAUUCUACUACAGACGGCAUCGUAUAACCCCAAACGUCUGAAUCUGAAUCUUCGCGAUCCCUAUAUUCCCGACAAGAGCAGCGAGAAGACGCCGGAAUGGCAGAAGACGAGCAAAUACGAUGGGAAGUUGUACGGUCGCUAUGGCUCGGCGUCCGGGGUCGACCCUGCGUCGCUGUGGCCCAGCCACGCAGAGCUGGACAAGAUUAUCGCGGAGGAAAAUGAGUGGCAUCCUCCGUUAGAGGUUAUGUUGAAGAAUAUCGCAGCUAAGCAAAAGGAAGAGGAUGAUAAACGCAUGGCAAAGGAGAAGCUCAUUGCAGAAAACAUGGCCAAAAUGCCCAAGAUGAUCGCCGACUGGCGCAGAGAGAAGCGUGAAGCUAAACAGAAGCUAAAAGAGGAGAAGGCACGACGUGAGAAGUUGUUGGCUGAGGCCAGGGAGCGUUUUGGCCACGCAGUGGACCCCCGCAGCAGCAAAUUCCUGGAAAUGGUUGCCGAAAUUGAGAAAGAGGAGAAGAAAAAGAGGAAACUGAUGAAACGCAGACUGAGAGAAGAGCAGGCUGGAGUCCCUGUCACUCCUGUUGCCUCCUCGUAAACUUGGACUCAGUCACCAUAGAUGCAAUAAACUAAUACAUUUUUGGGUUGCAUCAUUGAUGUGCCCAUUUUGUUUUCUAAUGCCAACUGGAAUUACAGGAGUUCACUUUUCUGAAUUGAGAAGUUCCUUUCCAAAGUUGGUUCCCCUUGUUUGAUUGUCAUUGUAAUAAAUAUUGUAAUAUAAGAAACAUGAA